GAACCCACUCUCUCUUCUUCCCCGGAUUCUACCACUCUACUCUAUUUCGUUGAAUUUCUCAUACCUGCAGGACAUAUAUCUUAAUUUAAAACACUCUCAGUGACAUUAUGUCCACAAACAGACCCUUCCUAGCCAACUUCCUGGCCGCCUUUCGAGCCCAAUCUUCAUCCAACUUCAAGGCCUCUUCCUCAUCUACCACUGUCUCCUCCAGCACACAAAACGCGAGAACUAUAGCUACCAAGGCUAGUUCACCUUCACCUAGUCCUUCAUCUCCUUCAACCUCGGGCUCAGCAGCCGCCGCCGCCGCCGCCGCAGCAUCCGCAUCCGCUACAGAACCAGGGUCCUCACCGAACACCACCACAAAUCGCUCCUCCUCACCAACAACCGAAACCUACCCAUCCUCCUCCUCGCCGAUUCCCAUCACAAACACUAACACACACACCACUGCCAACACACCCACAGUCUCAGAGUACCACCAGCGCCGUCGCGGAAGCGACAGCUCCAGUGGCUCCGGAGGGGGUAGCGGCGGCGGAGGAUUCCGCGAUGCUCUGGGCCCUGAGAAGUGGUAUAUUGGUGGACGGUCACCAGGUGGGGAGGAAAGGUUUUAUCGGUUGGGGAUGGUUACCAAAGGGGGCGGGAGGUUAGGGGCUAUGGCCAGGGUGGGGAGUUUUGAUCAGUUGAGUUUGUGAGUGUUGAGCAUCUCGCGCUUGGAUGCGAGUGAGUUCGGGGUUGUCUGUCAUUUUCGGAUUACAUAUAAUAUUUGGGUUGUGGUUUCGGGGUAUUUCUAAAAAGGCAUGGCGUGGUGGUGUUUUUUUGCACUUGCACUUCUUUUUCUAAAAAGAUAUUCAACAUUUUGUUUUUUGGGCUGUCGCGCGAUAUGGAGCAAUGGCGUGUACAUACUGACAUACCGAACCAACAUUGGUGAUAUGAAUGAUACGAAUAAUGAAUGCUAUUACCAUCAGCACCACUCAGAUAACCUGUUGAGUGACACAAUGCACC